CCCACCUGGAUGAAGAACCGAAGAGACUUGAAAUAAAAACAACAGGUUGAUUGAAGAUAGCCCUCAACUCUUUGAAUAAUGAAGAGAGAGGUCUCAUUCAUUCCCUUAUUCAUUCUUAUUAUAAGUUUACUAUUCCCAAAUACAUCUAAUGGAGCUUCAAGAUCUCAACAAGUUAAACUCAUUUGUGAAAAACAAAGGGAGCACAACACGACGGCUUUCGUGCCAAACUUUGUUCAUGUCAUGGAAACCAUAAGUGACCAAAUGCGAACCCGUGGGUGGGGACUUUCCAUAACAGGCGCGGGACCAGAUGAAAACUAUGGACUAGCUCAAUGCUACGGAGACCUCUCUUUACUUGAUUGUGCUUUGUGCUAUGCAGAAGCUCGUACAUUGCUCCCCAGCUGCUUUCCUGCCAAUGGUGGGACAAUUUAUCUCGAUGGUUGCUUCAUGCGGUCAGAGAAUUAUACCUUUUUUAAAGAGUAUGUGGGACCUAACGAUGCACGGGUUUGUGGAAACAAAACCACUAGAAAAGGUUCCUCUUUCCAGCAAACGGCUAGGAAGGCCGUGAUGCAAGUGGUUUUGGAUGCACCUAAGAGUAAUGGCUCUGGGAGAGGUGAACUGCCAGUGCCAGGGAGAUUGAACGAGUCCGUUUAUGUUUUGGCGGAUUGUUGGAAGACUCUGAAUGCCAGCUCGUGUAGGGCGUGUUUGGAGAGCGCUUCUCGGUCCAUGUUAGGGUGCUUGCCUCUGCCAGAGGGUCGUGCGUUGUACACAGGUUGCUUCAUGAGAUACUCCGACACUAACUUUCUUAAUCCUGUUCCAAGUAAUGGCAGCUCAUCAAGAGCAAGUGUAGCAGUCAUCAUAAUUGCCUCUGUUAGUUCUGUGGUUGUGUUGGUGGUGGGAUCACUCAUUGCUAUUUAUUUCCUGAAGCAGAGAAGGAUAGAUAAGAAGAGGAAAGGUUCAAAUAAUGUUGAGAAAUUAGUAAAAAUCCUUCAUGACAGCAGCUUGAAUUUCAAAUAUUCCACACUUGAAAAAGCAACUGGAUGUUUUUCUGAAGCCAAUAAGCUUGGGCAAGGUGGAUUUGGUACAGUUUACAAGGGAGUUCUGGCAGAUGGAAGAGAGGUUGCUGUCAAAAGACUCUUCUUCAACAACAAGCACAGGGUAGCAGAUUUUUACAAUGAAGUCAAUAUUAUUAGCAGUGUUCAACACAAGAACUUGGUCAGGUUGUUGGGCUGCAGUUGUUCUGGUCCUGAAAGCCUUCUAGUUUAUGAGUAUUUGCCCAAUCAGAGUCUUGAUCAAUUCAUUUUCGAUCCCAUCAAAGAUAAAACAUUAAACUGGGAGAGGAGGUUUGAAAUAAUUAUAGGGACUGCAGAAGGCUUGGUCUACCUCCAUGAAAACUCAAACAAUCGAAUUAUUCACAGAGAUAUAAAAGCCAGCAACAUCUUACUCGACUCGAGGCUUCGUGCAAAAAUUGCCGAUUUUGGAUUGGCAAGAGCUUUUGAGGAAGACAAAAGUCACAUAAGCACUGCAAUAGCAGGAACUCUGGGAUAUAUGGCUCCUGAGUAUCUUGCCCAUGGACAGUUGUCGGAAAAAGCAGAUGUUUACAGCUUUGGUAUAGUUGUACUGGAAAUAGUUACUGGGAGACAGAAUAACAGGAGCAAAGCGGCUGAAUACACAGACAGUUUGGUGAAUAUAGUGUGGUCGCAUUUUCAACAAAGGAUGGUGGAGAAGCUAUUUGAUCCAAACCUAAUGCUGCAUAACUACCAUAACAUUGAUGUUGAGAAUGAAGUCCAGAGAGUGGUCCAUAUAGGGCUGUUGUGCACCCAAGAGGCACCAUCGCUCCGGCCAUCCAUGUCAAGGGCACUACAAAUGCUAGCUAAGAAGGAGGAAUUGCCGCCCCCUACAAACCCUCCCUUCAUGAACGAGAAAACAAUGGAGCUAAAUGAUUGUUGGGAUAACCCAUCUUUUCAGCUCAAAGAGAGCGAGUCUACUUCAAUUGCCAGUAUUUCUCAAAGCUCUUUUCACCCCAGAUAAGAGGAAAUAUGAAUGAAGUAUCAAAAAUAUUUUUUGUAGACACAUUCUUGGACAUUGUAAUUGGGUGGAAAUAUGGUUGCAUGAGCAGUUCGUACUUCAUAGUUAACACUUACAUAUAUAGAGAAAAGAAAUUUAUAUAUAAUAGGGAGUAUCGGGAGUUUACACAGGAUGCUGAAAUCACUUUUUCGGCCCAUUGUAGGAAUGAAAAAGUUUUGUAAUGUGCAUUGGUCAAAUGACCUUCAAUAGAGGUUUUGUUGAACACUGGAUUAGGUUUGACACCUUGUAGUUGUGUGAACUUCACGAAGGCGAUGAAAGUGACCUUUUCAUGAACACAAUUAAAAUGAUUUUCUCUUCCAAAUUUUAGG